GUGGGCUGGUGACAGCCCUUGGCUCUGCAUUGCUGACGAAAGCUGCUUAGCUCCUCAGUUGCCAUGGCAACCAGGGAGUGCAGCCAGAGGGUGGGAAAAAAAAGAGAGAGAAGGCGAAGGGGAGGGGCUUUGUUGAGAGAAAUAGAGGAGAAAAGGCUGUGUGGGAGAGACAGACAGAGGGAGGGAUACAGACAAAUAAUAAAGGAAGCACUGAGUGCAGCAGAGGUAGAACACGGCGGCAAAUGGAGGUAAAGCUCUGCAUGUGAAUCUAUCUACUCGCUUUGGAAUAAUACAGCAAGCGACAGAGGGAUACGGAGAGAGCAGUGCUGGGAGAAAAGAUGGAUGUACAAACAGAGAGCACGGACCCCCCGCCUAACGAACCCCAGCCAAGUGGGAAAAUAAGAAAAGGAUUCAAGCUGUUUGGCAAACGCAAGCCAGGUAACAUCUUUUCUAUCCGAAGCAAAGGGGAUGGAAACAACAAGUCACCUGUUAUCAGGAGCCAGACCUCGGAUGGAUUAUCAGAGACUCCUGCGCCCGAUUCCGAACAGGAUCCAGACAAGGAGAAGCGACAGGAGGUGAGUCAAGGAGAUACGGAGGAGACAGAGGAUGAAACGCUUCGAGAUGAGGCCAUUCUAGCUGCCGCCCCGGCUCGCACCUCCUUCUCCUCGGUGAGCUCAGCCAAGUCUCUCAGCUUUCUCUCUCUGUUGAGGGGAAGCAGAAGGGGAGUGGGAGACAGGCGAGUCCACACGGUGUCCCAGCCAGUGGCUCGACAGCGCCGUGGACUGAAGGGCCUUUUUGGCAACGUCAAGACUCGUUUGAAGGACAAAAAUGACAAACAGGAAGUUCCUCCGAGCCCAAUUCUCAUGUCAUCCCGUGCCAACAGUGUGGAGAUCAUCAAAGAAGACCUCACACUGACGCCAAAAUGCCAGCCUCGUUCUUUGGAGACAGACGGCUCCACGACACAUGACGGUGCAGCCAAGCCCUCAUCAGAGACCACGACACCAGAGAUGAAAACGGCCAACGUGAGUAAAACUAAUGAGCACGUGCCACCUUUGCCCGCCUCUGAACCGCCGCUGGUACCUGAUGACAACAGUCUGAGCUCCCUACUGGCCGACAUCUCCUCUCUGCUGACCUUUGACUCAAUCUCAGGAGGAGGAGACAUCAUAGCUGACGUGGAAGCAGAGUGGGGGAAAGCCAGCAAAGCUCUGGAUGCUGCGGUAACUAAUGUGAGUCCAUCAUCUUUUAUCUCAACCGCCUCCUCUCCACCAGCUUCCACUACAACAAAACCCAUUUUCUCCUCUGCUGUGACCUCCCCAAGCACCACCCUCUCAACUUCUACUAAAUCCUCUUUGGUUUCUGAAAAGCUCAACAAUAAAGCUGAACUGGCUCCUUCGGCUACAGCAACAAAACCCUCAACCACUCCCGUGACCAUGACAAACUUCCCAGCUGCAGGAUUGUCUUCCUCUUCAAGAACAAGUCAGUCCACUUCUGCUCCAACCACAACUUCUCCAAGCACACUGGUCGGUUCAGCUCCCACCUCAGCAGGCAAACUUUUUGCAGACAUCACACCAUCUGCAAGCAAGACAGCCACUUUGGCCACUUCCUCUCCUGGAUCCACGACCCAUAGCCCAGCUGUCGCCGUUACCCAACCUCCACCUUUGAAAUUGGAUUCAGUCAAUUGUUUGAACCUGCAAAAGUCAAAUUCCUUUAAGCCCUCCCAAAGUGCAGCAGCAGAAGGACCUAAAGCCCCAGAUACAAUUUCAACAACCUGCACAAUUACGACCAAGCCCUCCACCUCCGCGUCGAUUGUUUCCUCCAGGGUUACGACAGUUCCCAUGUCAGCUACACCUUCUGACUCAGUUUUUACUGCCUUCUCCAAGCCGUCACUCGGCACCUCUCUGUCGGACUCAAAUAAAACCCCUCCCACUGUUUCUGCUCCUCACCUUUCUUCAACUUCCACUCCAGCAAAUAAAGCCCAGCCCAGCCCGGUACCUGCCCCGGUGCAUUCUUCAGCUAUUGAUAAGACUCCACCCACAAUUAAAGCCAGUGCAUCACCAGCCUCUGCUGAUAAGGCUUCAUCUCCACCCAGACUAAUUCCAGAAACGGCACCACAUGCCGCUUCUCCACAAUCGCUGGCGCCAACUGCUCGGGGUCAGAUCACAGCCUGUCCCUCUCAAGCCUAUUCUGCUCAGAUCACUAUUUCUAAAGAACGUGCAGCUCCAACUCAAGCUGAAGUUGCUCAAUCGAAAGCAAUCCCAGCCGUGGCUCAAGUCUCAGAUUCUUUACCUAAAGAUUUUCCUGCUUCUGCUAAAACGCAAGCCGCUCCCUUAAAAGAGUCUCCGACUCCCACCCAGACUUCAGCUGCAACUUCUUCUUCUAAAGAUCCCGUCGCUACAACUCAAUCAACAAGUUUCACAACUAACCCCCCCGCUGGACCUACUCAGAUCUCUUCGUCCAUCUCUAAAGAAUCAUCUGCCUCUGUUAGCAUCCCUGCUUCUCUCCCUAAAACUGCCCUGACGUCUGCUCAAAUCGCAGUUUCUCAGCCGAACACUAACCUCCCCCCUGUCUCUAAGGCUUCUUCUGUUCCUCCACCUGCAGCUGGGACAAUUGAGGCGUCACUUUCUGCUAAAACGAGAGCAGUAACUGAGCAUCAGUUGACCAGCCCAGAUGGAGACAGAAGCCAGGCUGCGCUGUCAAAAACAAAAGAACCGCUUCAUGAGCCACCAGCCGAACCCCCCAAAGAAAAGAAACCAACAUCGGUCAAAGCCUCUGGGCUCAGCAAAAUACCUGUGGUUGGAGGAGGGAGAGUGGGUAAGAUACCUGUGCGGGAACAAGUAAAUGACGAACCAAGAGACCCCCCUACGCCUAUAAUGGAAGAGAGGCCCCAUUUCAACUCACAUGACACCGCAAGUAAAGAUAAAGGCAGCACAGCUGAAGCUACGACCCCCACCUCAAAGAUCCCGGUGAAGCACGGUGCACAGACAAAAGAGGCCCCUCGCACCAAGAUCCCGGUAUCCAAAGUACCUGUUCGCAGGGCUGGAAGUAAACCUGCAGCUGUGGGGGGAGGAAGCAGCCAGAGCAGAAAAUAAACUCGUUGGGACUGCAACUGCUCUCCAACACCGGCCUUUUAAUGCUACAUUCUGUACAGCAAUCUUUUCAUCUUUUCAGCAUCAUAAGUGGAGUGGGAGGAGGCCGAUGCAAUUCAAGCACAACAACAUCUCAAUGGGAACAGGUGUGACAGCCUGGCUCUUUGGUGCUGAACCCACUGGACUCAGGAAAGAGGGUCACACCUGGACACUCAACUGCAAUGACAUAAAAGGACAUCCGGGAACACGAGCGCAUACACACAGAGGAGGCGAGUGCCUUUGUACGGGUGCUUUUCCUACAAACACUCCAAUUUAUGUAUACUCAACAACUUUUCUUACUCCCUCUUUUUGUAGAACCCUUCCAGUCUUUUAGUCUUUCUUUUUAGCACGUCUUGAUAGUAGCCAAGCCCCCUUUUUUUUUUUCUUAAUUUAUGCCAAGAAUUACAGAGAAUGAACUCUUUCUAUUAAUGCAGCAACCAAAUCUACAUUCCACAUCUGUCUCUGGAUCUAUGUAGCAGAAAAUGUGCCAUUACCUUUUGCACAGGACACUGGACUGAGCAGCUCUUCAUUCGCAAAAGGACCAGCUCUGCUCGUGGAAUAUUAGAGAAACUGAGUGAAAAAAAUAAAUAAAAGUGGCAAAUGGACUACAGCCAUUCUAAAUGGCACAGUGGACAUUCGAGCAAAGAGGACAGUGAGAUAAGACCCCCAGGUGGAACACUGGUACAUUUUUAUUCUAAUCUCACUCGUAAUUAAAUCUCUGUGUUUUGUUUCUUAUGUAAUCAAUAAAAAAAACAUGAGUACUCAGAAGGAUGA